GCUAGAUUAAUUAUCAGCAGAGAGUGUUUUAGAGAGAGAGAGAGAAAGAGAGGGAGAUAAUGGAGAAGCCAGCAGUAUCAGCGAUGGAGGCGUUUGAAAAACUGGAAAAAGUUGGGGAGGGAACCUAUGGGAAGGUGUACAGAGCGAGAGAGAGGGCCACUGGGAAGAUCGUGGCUCUGAAGAAGACUCGCCUCCACGAGGACGAUGAAGGCGUUCCUCCAACCACUCUUCGUGAGAUCUCCAUCUUGCGCAUGCUCUCCAGAGACCCUCACGUCGUCAGAUUGAUGGAUGUGAAACAAGGACAGAAUAAAGAGGGGAAGACGGUGCUUUACCUGGUGUUUGAGUACAUGGAUACUGAUCUUAAGAAAUUCAUCCGGAGCUUCCGACAAACAGGAAAGGAUAUUUCUGUUAAUACUGUUAAGAGCUUGAUGUACCAACUUUGUAAGGGUGUUGCUUUCUGCCAUGGACAUGGAAUCUUACACAGGGACCUAAAGCCUCACAACCUCCUGAUGGACCAAAAGACAAUGAUGCUCAAAAUAGCAGAUCUUGGAUUAGCUCGAGCAUUUACUGUUCCAAUCAAGAAGUAUACUCAUGAGAUAUUGACACUGUGGUACAGAGCCCCUGAGGUUCUUUUGGGGGCUACUCAUUACUCAACUGCGGUGGAUGUGUGGUCUGUUGCUUGUAUCUUUGCUGAACUGGUGACAAAGCAAGCGCUCUUCCCCGGAGAUUCUGAACUGCAGCAGCUCCUGCACAUUUUCAGGUUGUUGGGUACUCCUAAUGAAGAACUGUGGCCUGGAGUGAGCAACCUGAUGAACUGGCAUGAGUAUCCUCAGUGGAAACCCCAGAAUCUGUCGUCAGUUGUUCCUAAUUUGGACCAAAAUGGACUGGAUUUACUAUUACAAAUGUUGCAGUACGAACCAUCAAAGCGAAUCUCAGCAAAGAAAGCUAUGGAGCAUCCUUAUUUUAACGAUCUUGACAAGACCUAUCUGUGAAGAAAGCAUGACCUCCUCAUAUAAUUAAACAACAAAUAUUGACUGGGAAGUCUAGAGGAAGGACUAAGUGGCAAAGAAAUGUUAUGUCUGAACUCUGAAGAGUAUUUGCUUUCCUCAAGCAUAUAUAUAUAUAUAUUUGUCAUGUCAAAGUUGUUUUCCUCAACUAUUGAAUGACAGACAAUAUGCUUUUUAGCUUCUA